AUGGAAUCGGAGUUUAUAGCACCUUCCUCUGCUGGAGAAGAAGCUAAAUGGUUGAAAAACAUAUUGGAAGAUAUCCUGAUAUGGAACAAGCCAAUACCACCCUUGACAAUAUAUUGUGAUAACAUAGUUGCAAUGCUUCGAGUUAACAGUGAGUGUUACAAUGGAAAAUCUAGACAGGUGCGAUUGAAGCACAAUCAUGUGAGAACGAUCCUAGCUAAUGGAGCUAUUUCUACUCAGUAUGUGAAAUCCAAAUCAAAUUUGGCAGAUCCAUUGUCAAAGGGCUUGGGUUCAGUCUUAGGUCCCUUUUUUCUUGUGGUGGUUGCAAUUCUACUCUAUCAUUUCCAUACCAUGAAUAAAAUGGAGAAAGAGAACAAAGUAAAGAUUGAAAAGUUUUUGGAGGACUAUAGACCUCUCAAGCCUACAAGAUACUCUUAUAUCGAUAUUAAGAAGAUCACAAAUCAAUUCGAGGAGAAACUUAGACAAGGAGGUUACGGAACUGUAUUCAAAGGAAAACUUUCCAAUGAAAUUCUUGUUGUUGUUAAGCUCCUCGACAAUUCCAUAGGGAAAGGGGAAGAUUUCAUUAAUGAAGUGGGAACAAUAGGUAUAAUCCACCACGUCAAUGUUGUUCGCCUAGUGGGAUUCUGUGUUGAUGGAUUCAAACGAGCACUUGUUUACGAGUUCUUACCAAAUGAUUCAUUACAGAAGUUCUUGUUUAUUGAAAAUCACAAAAAACAUUCACUUGGUUGGGAGAAGCUGCAAGAUAUUGCUCUAGACAUAGCCAAGGGAAUUGAAUAUCUUCACCAAGGGUGCGAUCAACGAAUACUUCAUUUUGAUAUUAAGCCUCAUAAUAUCUUGCUAGACCAUAACUUCAAUCCAAAAGUCUCAGAUUUUGGCCUAGCAAAGUUGUGUUUAAAGGAAAAAAGUGCAGUUUCUAUGACAACAACUAGAGGGACCGUAGGUUAUAUAGCCUCUGAAGUUUUUUCUAGGAACUUUGGAAAUGUGUCGUAUAAAUCAGAUAUUUAUAGCUUUGGGAUGUUGAUACUUGAUAUGGUGGGUGUGAGGAAGAAGGGUGAUGUUACAGUAGAGGAUUCCAGCCAAACAUACUUCCCACAAUGGAUUUAUAAUCUAUUGCGUGAAGGAGAAGAGCUAGGGAUGCACAUUGAAGAAGAGGAAGAUUCCAAGAUAGUAAAGAAAUUGACUAUUGUUGGGUUGUGGUGCAUUCGGUGGUACCUGAUGGAUUGCCCUACCAUGAACACUGUAGUACAAAUGCUGGAAGGGGAAGGAGAUGGUCUGCCCAUGCCCCCAAGUCCUUUUGCUUCAACAGCUCAAAUGAAAAGAACAACCAUGCUUGCAAGAGCUUUUGAAAAAGAGUUAGAAGUUAUUUCUAAAGCAGAGUGA